AAACAGGCGUUGGCUUGGAGACUCACAGCAGCGAAGCAUACUGGCAGCACAAUGGACUUUUACUUACUGGCCUUAUUUGCUUUUUUGUCCUCUUUUUACAAAGUGUUGGCGUUGAAUCCGCAAGGUGUGUGCCUCCUCCAAGUUGACGAGGGUCCCUGCAGAGCCGAAAGACGUUAUUACUACAACACCAUCACUCAAAAGUGCGAGCUUUUCUACUACGGAGGGUGCCAAGGCAAUGCCAACAACUUCAAAACUUAUCACGAGUGUCACAAAACGUGCUUCAGAAUACCAAAGAUCCCUCAGAUUUGCAGGUUUCCAAUGGAGGAGGGGCCCUGCCGAGCCCUUUUCACCAACUAUUUUUUUAACAUGACCAGCAUGCAGUGCGAGCUUUUUUACUACGGCGGCUGCCAGGGCAAUGACAACCGCUUCCCGGAUUUGGCCUCCUGCAACGAGUACUGCAGCCCACAAAAAACGGUCCCUGUGCUGUGCCUGGAUCCCCUGGACAAAGGCAAAUGUUCCGCCUCCAUACCGCGCUACUACUACAACAAGGCCACCAAGAUGUGUGAGGAGUUCAUGUACUCAGGCUGCGGCGGGAGCAGCAACAAUUUUGUCUCCAGGCAAAGCUGCAUGGACGUGUGUGUUAAAGGAGGGAAAAAGAGAAGCAAAGGAAAAAUGCGACGCCUGAGACGAAAUCGCAUCACUAUUUUGCAAGCAUAGACGUAGCGAAUCACACGUCUCAAUAAGUAUUUCUGUAUUUUGAUUUUGACUGCAACAUGUUCUGUUGUAUUUGUAAGACUGUAAGAUUAAUAAUGUAAUGUAUGUUUUAUGUAACUAUUUGAAGUACAAUUUUGUAUAAAUAUCUAUAUUUUAUAAAGUAUUUUUUUGUA